AUGAGGAGAGGCGGUUUGUGGGUCUUGUUCAUGGUCUUGGCGGCGGCGAUGGCGGCAGCGGAGGAGGAGAAGACGGUGGCGGCAGUGGAAGUGAAGGUGGGCGUGGUUUUGAAUCCUAAUGCUUUUGGGAAGAUGGGUAUGGCCUGCAUCUCAAUGGCUCUCUCUGAUUUCUACGCUUCUCGGAGUCAUUACAAAACCAAAGUGAUUCUCAAGACGGUCGACUCUAAUGGCACUGUCGUUGAUGCAGCCGCUGCAGCUCUCGAUUUAAUAAAGAAAGAGGAAGUUCAAGCUAUAAUAGGCCCAGAAACCUCGAUGCAAGCCAACUUCGUGAUCGACGUCGGAGCCAAAGCACACGUACCCAUCAUCUCAUUUUCCGCCACACGACCAUCCCUAACAUCCCACCGCAGUUCAUUCUUCUUCCGAGCAGCCCAAGACGACGCUUCUCAAGUUAAAGCAAUUGGUUCCAUCGUAAAAGCCUACAAAUGGCGACGAGUCGUCCCAAUCUACGUCGACGACAUGUUCGGCGACGGCAUCAUCCCAUACCUAAUCGACGCCCUACAAAACGUCAACACACACGUACCCUACCAAAGCAUCAUAUCACCUACCGCCACCGACGACCAAAUCAUCGGAGAACUUUACAAGCUCAUGACCAUGCAAACAAGAGUGUUUAUAGUACACAUGUUACACGGCCUCGCCUCACGCAUAUUCAUCAAAGCCAAACAAAUUGGAAUGAUGAAUAAAGGGUACGUUUGGAUUGUUACAAAUAGUAUCACAAACGAGCUGGAUUCAAUAAAUCAUUCGAUUUUUGAAUCAAUGCAAGGAGUAAUUGGAAUAAAAACUUACGUCCCAAGAACUCAAAAGCUCGAAGCUUUUGAAGAUUUAUGGCGGAAGAGAUUUCUAAAGUAUUAUCCAACAAUCGAACACAUCCCGGAGCUCGACGUGUUCGGAUUAUGGGCUUAUGAUGCAGCUUGGGCGUUGGCGAUCGCCGUGGAAGAGGCCGGCAUCGACAGCCUUCGAUAUAGCCCGGCGAAUGUCACGGCGUUGAAAAUGAACUCAUCGAACUAUUUACACAAUUUGGGUGUCAAUCAAAAUGGUGUAAGGCUUCGUGAUCGGCUCUCAAAUGUUACGUUUGAUGGGUUGGCCGGAAAAUUUGUGCUUAGAAAUGGGCAAUUGGAGUCGGCGGUUAUGGAGAUAGUGAAUGUUAUUGGUAAUGGGAGGAGAAAUGUGGGGUUUUGGUCGCCGGAGAGUGGGCUGACGAGGGUAUUGGAGGGUUUGGGAGGAGGAGGAGGUGGGUUGAAAUCGGUUAUUUGGCCGGGAGAUCCUGGCCACCGGCCAAAAGGGUGGGAGGUUUCGACGGCGGAGAGGAAGUUGAGAGUGGUGGUUCCGGUGAAGGAUGGGUUUUGGGAGUUUGUGAGUAUAGUUCAUGAUGCUAAGACGAAUACAACGAAAGUGAGUGGGUAUUGUAUUGAAGUAUUCAAAGCUGUUAUUGAAGCGUUGCCUUAUGCUGUUGGUUAUGAGCUGAUUCCCUUUCAUAAAACCGCUGCGGAGCCUGGUGGUACCUAUAAUGACUUGGUUUAUCAGAUCUACCUUGGGAACUUCGAUGCAUUGGUGGGCGACCUAACAAUCCGAGCAAACAGGUCAAAAUACAUCGACUACACACUACCCUUUGCAGAAUCGGGCGUAUCACUAGUGGUACCAAUAAAGAGCGUGAAGAACACCAACGCAUGGGUAUUCAUACAGCCAUUAAAAGGGCGCCUAUGGUCCCUCACAGGCGGCUUCUUCCUCAUCAUGGCACUCGUCGUAUGGGUCCUCGAGCACCGCAUCAACGAAGACUUUCGCGGCCAUCCAUUGAACCAAAUCUGCACCAGCCUUUGGUACUCCUUCUCCACCAUGGUCUUCGCCCAUCGGGAGAUUACGUUCAAUAACUGGACGAGAUUCGCGGUGAUUAUAUGGCUGUUUGUGGUCUUGAUCAUUACACAAAGCUACACUGCAAGUUUGGCCUCGUAUUUGACGGUUCAAGAUUUGAAACCGGCUGUGACGGACAUUCAUCAGCUGCAAAGGAAUGGGGAGUUCAUUGGGCAUAAAGUUGGGUCUUUUAUUAGGGAGAUUCUUAAGUCAUUGGAGUUUGAUGAAUCCCAGCUUAGAACUUACCGUACAGCUGAAGAAUUGCAUGAGCUUUUAUCUAAAGGAAGCUCUAAUGGUGGAAUUUCAGCUGCCAUGGAUGAAAUUCCUUAUAUUAAGCUGUUUUUGGCUAAGUAUUGCUCGCAAUAUACUACUACUGAACCCACUUAUAAAGCUGAUGGCUUUGGUUUUGGCUUCCCGAUAGGUUCCCCGUUAGUCUCUGACAUCUCGAGAGCGAUCUUGGAGGUGACAGAGAGCGACCGGAUGAGAGAGAUCGAGAACGCAUGGUUCAAGAAAGUGAGAGAAUGUUCAGUUUCUGAAGCCUCUCAAUUGUCUUCAACACGUUUGAGCGUGGACAGUUUCUGGGCACUUUUCGUGAUCGUCGCAAGUGUUUCUGCAGUUUGUAUCAUUUGUUAUAUGGUCAAAUUUCUGUACGACGAGCGAGGGCUGUGGUGGUAUACAAAUGCUCCAAAGCGGCAAAGAUUCCACCAAGUGGGGCGCAAGUUCAUGGAUAGAGAUGCAAGAGCUUACCGGCUGCAACGAAGGGCAUUUAGAAAUGGUGUUCGUGUUCAUCCCGAUCAUCACCCUCCAGCUAAUUGA